AUUUUUGGUAUUUUAUUGAAUGUUCUUUUCUCAAGAUUCUCCAUAUAGAACGCCAAUUAGUAAGGCACUUUUGCGCCUACAAGAGUCGGGAAAGAUUCAGGAAUUAAUCGAUAAUUGGUGGGAGAGUAAAGAUGUUGAUUGUGAAGCCGGCGACAAAGAACGAAGCGACACUCCUGAACUGGACAUGGAGAAUUUGGGUGGUGUAUUUUUGGUUUUGGCUGUUGGCUUACUGUUGUCAAUUUUCAUUGGAAUUCUCGAGUUUAUUUGGUCUGUUCGGCGAACAUCAAUCGAUGAAAGGAUAACACCCUAUGAAGCCUUCAAAAAGGAGUUAAAGUUCGCAGUUUCUGUGUGGAAAGUUCGCAAACCAGUGGCACGUGUGUCAAGUGCUGGAAGUUCGGUUCGGUCAAGUAUAUCGAAUGACAUCCAAAUGGAUUCGAUUCGAAAUAUUAAACGAACAGGAUUGAAUGGAAUUAAUUGAAAUAUUGGAUGAUUUUUAAAAAUUAAUCACAUUCAUAUGACAUUAACUCGUGAAGAUUUUAUCAUCAUUAUUUUUUUUUAUUUAAAUGUUACUUAAUUAUAUAUUCUGCUCCGUUUUAAAUAAAAUAUCGCUUCAAACGGAACGCUAUCCAAAAGUGGCCAAAGAUGUGUAUUUUCAAGCUUCACGUUUUCACACUAAAUUUUUUACAGCUCUCAGUUUCUAAGUUUAUUUUUGCACACUCACAUUUUGAUUGUAGAAAUAGCGUAUAAAUAAAUCAAAUGAGAGACGAAACAGGUGGUUUUGCAAUGUU